AUGCAGGCCCUACUUCUGUGCUGCCUGGUGGCUCUGGCCGUCUGCAACGAGAAUGCACGCUAUGACCUCAACUUGAACCCUAAUAAGAUCUAUGAGUACCAGUAUGAAGGAUGGGUCAAAUUUGGCCUGGGCAACCCAAACCAUGCUGAGUCCGGUGCAAGACUGAAGUCCAAAGUCACGAUUGAGGGUGCUUCUGCUGACACUUUUAAUCUGAAGUUCUCCAAUGUAGUCUUUGAGGAGUUCAAUGGUGUCCCAGAAAGUAACUUUGUGGCAGCUGACCAGCUCGCCCAAGAGAUUGCUGAUCAGUUGGCAAAGCCCAUUGAGUUCACAUACUCUGCAGGGAACGUGGGUGAGAUCAAAGCCUCCUCUGAGGUGGCCGAUACUGUGCUCAACAUUAUCAGAGCAUUCCUGAGCUUUUUCCAAGUCACGGUCAAAACCACACAGGAUAUCUACGAACUUGAGGAGGUUGGCAUCCAUGGAAAGUGUUUUAGCAGUUAUGCAGUGAAGAUAAAUGACCAGGAGAAAGUCAUGGAUCUCACUCAAGUGGUAGAUGUGACCAACUGCAGGGAAAAGGCUGCCUUUUACUUUGGAAUGGCUACAGCCCUUGAGGACAAGGACUCCAAGCAGAGGGGUGAGUCUACCUUCUCAACUGUUAAAUACACAUACAACAUCAAAGGAGCAGAGGAUGCAGGACUCAUCACUAAAGCCCAAGCCCUGGAGCUGCAGUACUUCACUCCCUUCAAUGUGAAGAGAGGUGUCUUCAAGAUGGAGGCCAGGAAGGAGCUGGUGCUCAUAUCUGAGGGGGCCAAAACUCAGAACAUCCCCAGGAUUCAGGAGAGACAGCUCCAGAACAGAGGAAACCUCAUAUACAAAGUGGUGAAGAACUGGGCUAAUGUACCAAUCACAAUGCAGAAGAUGGACAAGCCUGUAUCUAAGGCUAAAGAGCUGAUCAAACGUCUGGCCCAAGCAAACAGACACCAAAUUGACAGUGCAACAACUGAAGAUACCAUCAAACUGUACCAGCUGCUGCGAGUCAUUCCUUUGGAUCAACUGGAAAAGAUGUGGGCAGAUGUGGAAGGGAACUCUGAUGAGAGGAACUGGUUCUUACACACUGUUGUUGAGGUUAACGAUGCCAGAAUCCUGACUUUCCUGGAACGUGUUCUUCGGGAGGAAAAAUUAAAUCAACUGGAAGCCAUUACUGUCAUUGUGCGAGCAUUCAACCACCUCGAUGCAACUCCAGAGCUGCUCAAGAUGGCAGAGAAAUUCCUCACCAUGACCUACAACAAUCCUGUCAUAAGAAGAACUGUGGUGCUGUCCUAUGGCUCCCUGGUAUUUAAACUUUGUGCCUACAACAACCCCUGCCCAGAGGAGGCCAUCAGGCCACUCUUGAACAUGGCAGAGGAGAGUAUCAGAAAUAACAAUGUGAUGGAGAAGAUUCUAGUCCUGAAAGCGCUGGGUAAUGCAGGUCAUCCUCGCAGUCUCAAAACCAUCAACAAGUUCCUGCCUGAUGUGGACCCUAACCCGAACCGAGUGGACAGGGAACCACGGGUCGUGAGCGCAGCUGUGCAGGCUAUGAGACUGAUCACAGCCAGGGACCCUCAUGGGGUGCAGCAGAGGACUCUAAAGCUGUUCUUGAACCGUGAGCUUAAAUCUGAGCUCAGGAUGCUGGCUCUCAUGAUCAUGUUUGACGCUAAGCCCUCUACGGCCCUGGUCUCCACGGUGACCGCUCACCUGCUGGAGGAGAGAGACAUGCAGGUGGUCAACUUCGCAAACACAUACUUUAGGACCCUGUCCAGAGCAAUGACACCAGACAACCAGUAUCUAUCUACUGCUGCCAGUGUUGCUGUGAAAAUCUUGGCCCCGAAAUUUGGUUGCCUGAGCUACCUCGGCAGUAGAGCAGUACGCAUGGACUGGUUCCACGAUGACUUCCUGAUUGGUACCGCCGCUGAGGCCUUCAUACUGAAAAGAGCUUCACAGAUCAUCCCAGCUGAAAUGAUGGUGAAAUGGAACUUUUAUUUCAUCGGGAGGAUCCUGCAGCUGGUGGAGUUGGGUAUCCGCCCAGAGGGACUGAGAGAUCUGUUCGGUGCCAGCAUCGAAGGAUUUAGAGGAGAUCUGAGCAUGACUGACUUCCAGGCUAUUUUUAAUGUUCUCAAAAAGUGGGAAACACUGCCAAAUGACAAGCCUUUGUUGAGUGUUUAUACACGUGCAUCAGGACAGGAGUUUUACUUCAGUGAUCUAAACAAGGACUUUGUGGAGUGGAUGAUGAGGGCACUCAGCCCAUCUGCAGGAAAAGACAGUUUUGUGUGGAGAAUGAUUGAGCAGCUAAUCCAAGGCUUCUCAUGGCAUGGAGUCCUGCCAUUCCUGACUGUUGAAGCUCGCUAUAUCCAAGCCACAACCCUUGGUCUCCCACUCGAGAUCAGCAAAUACUACCAUGUUGUAAACAGCCUCUCAGUCAAUGCUCAAGCUGCAUUGAACCAACAAGCAGCUCAGAAUGUUGGAGAGUUGCUUUCUUCAGAGACUACAGUGAAGACAGAUGGCUUCAUUGGAUACACCAAGAAUUUCUGGCUUUUCUACGGCAUCAACACUGACUUAUUCCAGUCCGCUGUUGAGAUUAAGACCAUAAAUCCUGUUGCUAUCCCAUGGAAUUUUGUUGCAAAGAUCAAUAUCCGUGAGUGGAAAGUUGAACUUGAGAUCCCUCAAAGCAACAGAGAGUUUGAAGUCUUCUCUUUCAGUUCCAAUGCAUAUGCCAUCUCAAGGAACAUCAUUAACCCAGAAGCAGCUAAAAAGAUCCCAGUUUUUCCCAACGAGCAGAAUGUGAACCAAAUAAAUAACCCUAAGCCUAAUAAGUGGAAUCCAGUUGUAAACAUGUGCUCCAAGAGCGCCGCCUAUGGAGUAUCCCUGUGCUUAGAGUACGAGCUGAAGCGAGAGUUCUGCCAGGAGGAGUACCCCUUGUACUACUUCCUCGGGUUCACACACGUUGCCUUCAAAGUAGUACCAGUCCGACAAACUUCAGCUGAUGAGAAGAUCCUUGUGGAGAUUAACGCAGCCCCAGACACAGUUGCAAUGAAUGUACGCCAGCUCCUUGCCAAUCUGAGAACAAUGUCCAAGGAAGGCCGUCAAUCAAGCACCAGCGCAUCUCAAGAGCAGCAGGACAGACAAUCAAGGGGCAUGGAGGCUCCACCUGUGCCUGUGCUGAACUUCAAAGUGCUGGCAGUGAGCAGCAGUCAGAAGGCCGUGGGUUACGAAGCCUCCUUCUACUACACGCCUGCGGAGGAGGGCCAGAGCACUCAGCUCAUCGUCAGCCAGGUGGGAGAGGCCACCAACUGGAAGAUGUGUGUGGACACUGCUGUGGCUGCAGUGGCUAGGAGCCAAUCCAGAGCAAAGCUGUUUAAGGCUCACGCUGCAUGGGGAGCAGAGUGUCAGCCCUACUCUGUGUCUGUGAGGGCCUCUGGCAGCAUGAGGGAGCUGCAGGCCGUCUUCCGCUGGGACCAGAUGCCAGAGACCAUGGCAGCGCAGGGAAGAAGAAUUGCCAGAUACAUCCCAGGUAUGGCCAUUCUUACAGGCUGCACCCAGGAGGAGGACAGAAAUGCCACGCAGGAGGUUUCUGCGUCGGUUAUUGCUGCUUCAGCAGACAGCAUCAAUGUGAAGAUUAAACUCCCAGAGCUUACACUGCGCUGUGAGGCUCUGCCUUUUCCAAUGGCAGUCUCCACUACAACAGAACAAUAAACAGCAUUACACAGGCAGAGACACACUGUGCCAUGGAAGACAUUCAAGACCAGAUGGAAGAUAAAACUGUAAAAAACAUAUCCCCCAUCACACUUGAGUAAUGUAACCAGUUUGAAAAUGACCAAAAGCACUUAGUUUGAUAGAUAUUUGAAUACACACGAUUGAUCUCCACUGCAUUCUGGCUUGUUUGCUCAAAGAUUCUAUUGUACACCAAAUGAUUAAAAUGCA